UUCACAUGGCAAAAUCAUAUUUCAAAUUGAAAGCCAAGAGUACAUAGAUAUAUUUUCAGGAAAUCCAAAAUUUAAAAGUUUUUUAAAAUUAAAAUUAUGAUUUUAGCGCACGUUGUGUACCUGCUUUCCCUGCUAGUGGGCUGUUUGUAUCCGGCAUUCGCUUCCUACAAGAUCCUUAACAGUCAGCCGUGCUGCGAUGUGGAGGUACUCCGCAUGUGGCUGUCGUACUGGAUCGUCUAUGGAGUCUAUGUGGGCGUCGAUUAUCUGACAGGAAGUCUGGGGACUUUCAUUCCAUUUCUAAACGAGUUCAAGCUGCUCUUCCUGUUCUGGCUGCUGCCCACAGUGGGUGGCGGCAGUCUGCUGAUUUAUGGGGAGAUCCUGCGGUCCUUCUUCAGCAACAACGAGCUCUCCAUCGACCAAGUGAUAACCUGGUUGGUAACCCAUGGCACUUUGACAGGAGGUCAAUUAGUGGGUAAACUUUUGGGCUCCGUUCUUGACCAACUAAUGUCCAUCACGACUAGCUGUUUCGGAUCCCGCGGACAAAGUCCAGCCCUCAAAAUCACGCCCAGUAUCGAGGAUCUUGUGAAAGACGUGAUAGCCAAAAGACAGUUGAAGAAAAAAGGAAAGCAGAGAGCAAACCUAUACGACACUAUCAAUGAAGUCCUGGGAGACAAGACUGAUAGGGAUAGGGAUAGCACUUUGUCUGGUUUGGAUUUACUAGGCGAAUCGGAAUCGGAUCUGCUGGUCAUAAAAAAUCACAUUGCCAUCCCCAAAGAUAAACCCCAAACUCCACCGAAGCCAAAGCGUCUGUCAUCCCUUUGCAACCAGGAAGUGGAUAUCAAGGCGGAGAUAUCCUAGAAACAAGAUUUAAUUAGUAUACAGUUUUAUUAUUUCGUUGAACACACAAAAUUAUUUAUUUAGGUUUAACCCUGUUUGCAAAUCAUUAAAAUAUUCCAACAAUAAAUUUUAAAGCACACAAAA